CCCUGAGAGUGAGAUGGGCUACUGGCAUCCCUAUGAGCUGGUGAUCAGGGGCUAUGACGGAAACAGUGUGGUCUUCUCCAACUCCACCUUUCUGAAGUUCAGCCCCAGAAGCUCAUCCACCUUCAUUCAGACGGACAAACCCAAUUACAAGCCUGGGCAGGUGGUGAAGAUCCGGGCUGUGUCCAUACACCCAGAUGGCCGACCUUUUGAGAGCCAAGUUGACAUGGUCAUAAAGGACCCGAGAGGGAACAUGAUACGACAUUGGUUAUCUGUGGACAGUACCUUGGGUAUCAUAUCCAAAGAGUUUCAGCUUUCCCAGAACCCUCCUCUUGGCCUGUGGACAAUCGUGACAUCGGUCAAUGUCAGAGUCUCUAUGUAUGACCACAGCCCUCUCAGUACGGAGGACCAGGGGAAGAUGCUGCAACUGUCAAUCACUCAGCAGAGGCUGAGUCCAUGGAACUGGAGACACGAAGACCUUGGUUUCUUGGUUCCCCGGAUGCCCAACAUGUCCAUGGACUACCCGAGCCCGUCCCAGGAGAUUCCCGUCAUAGAGAUGAUGCUUCCAGUCCCAGCUAAUGGGAUUGUGCCCGUCCACAUCCAGCUUUCAGAUGAGGUCGCGACGCUCAACAUUGAGGCUUGGUUUGAGGAUGCACACAAGGGACUUCAGCUGUAUAACACCUACUCAUCACCCAGUCAUUCCUACAUCCAGCUACACAGACAUGGUGACCCCGAGGUCAUGGGCCGGGGCCAACUGCUGUCGGCAGGGACUGAGAGCUCCAGUUCUUUCUCUCUGACCCCAGAUGAGUCCUGGGCUCCUGAGGCUUGUGUGGUGGUGUAUUGUGUCAGGCCCGAUGGAGAGAUCAUCAACGACGCCCUGCGGGUCCCCGUCCACCAAGCCCUGAGAAACACAGUGUCUCUGCAGUGGGGCCGAGACACAGUGAGUCCUGGGGAAGAGGUGACACUGGAGGUGUCUGUGUCUGAGCCGGGGUCUGUGCUGGGGAUCCUGGUCGUGGACAGAGCCACACACCAACCCGAGGAUGACAAUGAUAUCACAGAGGACGAGGUGCUGGAUGAACUGGCCCUCUACAACAUGGGUGGGGGCUCGACUGAUGUGGAGAAAAUGGGAGAUCCGUACUCUGUCUUUAUGGGCGCUAAUGUCAUGGUGUUCACUGACGCAACCUUAGACACGAGGAAAGACAUGAGGCCUGAAUUUCCAGGGGAGAUAGCGAUGGCUAAUGAAGACACGGGUGUUCCACCGCGUGACGGUCAAGUAGUGCGGCAGAAUUUUCCAGAGACAUGGCUAUGGAUGGACACUGACCUUGGUGCCUCAACAGAGAGAAGUUUCCUCGUGACCGUGCCCGAUAGCAUCACAUCAUGGGUGGCCACUGCCUUCGUCAUGUCAGAGACACUGGGCCUGGGGAUCGUCAGUGCCCCGGUGGAGCUCACAGUGUUCCAGGACUUGUUUCUGGCCCUCCAUCUCCCAGCAUACAUCAUCAGAGGGGAACUGUUAGUCCUGGAGGUCCACCUCUUCAACUACUUGGACGAGGACGUAGAGGUCAUAGUGAUAGUUGCAGAGAGCGAGCACUUUGAGUUUGUCUUUCCGGACAGUGAUGGAGUCGUUAUGGCUUCUAAACGCACGGUGUCAGUGUGGAGUCAGAACGGCACCACUGUGCUCUUCCCCAUUAGACCCACAAUGUUGGGGGAGAUUCCCAUCUCAGUCAGGGCCAUCUCCUCCUACACCUCAGAUGCGCUCUACAGGACCGUUCUCGUCAAGCCAGAAGGAAUCGAGCAAUCGUUUACACAGACUUUGUUCUUGGAACUGCCUCCGACACAGUCCAGCGUCUCUGGGAAGCUCUCGUUCACCUUCCCCCCAGAUGUGGUGCUCGGCAGCGAGAGUGCUCGAGUGACCGCGGUCGGUGACAUCCUCGGCCCAUCCAUCAGUGGCCUGGAGUCUCUCAUUCAGAUGCCUUACGGCUGUGGUGAACAGAACAUGAUAAACUUCGCUCCAAACAUUUACAUCCUGCAGUACUUGGCCAGCACGGGACAAGACGACACAGAAACCAGAGAGCGAGCCAUUUCAUUCAUGAUGCAAGGUUAUGAGCGUGAGCUCUCAUAUCAGAGAGAGGAUGGGUCUUUCAGUGCUUUUGGAGACAGUGACCAAUCAGGGAGCACAUGGUUAUCAGCGUUCGUGCUGAGAUGUUUCCUGGAGGCCCGACCGUUCAUCCCCAUCGACCCAAGAGUGUUAGACAGGACCGCCAUGUGGCUUGCCGCCCAACAGAACCCCAGUGGGGAGUUCUAUGAGGCUGGCCGUGUGAUUCACACAGAGUUGCAGGGGGGCCUGGAUGGUCCUGUAUCACUCACGGCUUACGUGCUUAUGGCGCUACUGCAGGAUGGAGCUUACAAGAACAUGUAUGCAAGCCAGGUGUCCACGGCGCAGAAUUUUCUAGAAUCCAGGGUGCCCCUUGGGGUGUCUAGCGACUACAGCCUGUGUCUGGUGACGUACGCUCUGUUGCUGGCCAGCAGUGGAAGUGCGGCGGCGGCCAUGGAUGAACUGAUGGCGAGAGCCGAGGAGAUGGACGACGGAGUGCCGGUGUGGAGCUCAUCGGACGCUGGGCUUUCGGAGUCGUGGCAGCCGCGUUCGUCAGACAUCGAGAUGGCCGCCUAUGUGCUGCUCUCGAUGCGGCGACUGGCUCGCCUGGAGCAGGGCAUACCUCUCAUGAAGUGGCUCAGCCAGCAACGAAACCACUUGGGGGGCUACGGCUCCACGCAGGACACCAUUAUAGCUCUUCAGGCCCUGUCGGAGUAUGCCGUUUUCAGUGGAGCUGACCUCAUCGAUCUCAACAUAGAGGUUAACACCGACUCCCUGAACACAGUGGCCACAUUCAGCAUCGAUGGGACUAAUUAUCGGCUCUACCAGACACAAGAGGUUCCCCCUAUUGAGGCAGAGACAGACAUGCAACUCCAGGUCACGGCCGAGGGCAAAGGGUUUGCUCUGAUUCAGAUGACAGUGUUCUAUAACGUGGAGAGCGUCGGGUUCUCCCGCAGGCGCAGAGAAGCAGACCUGCACGAGGCCUUCGACUUGCAUAUUGAGGCCUUUGACAUGGACACUAAUUAUGUUGUUCUUCUCAUCUGCGUGAGCCUGUAUGAGGGACUAGGGCUGAAUCAGACUGGCAUGGCCAUCCUGGAGGUGGGCCUCCUGAGUGGCUUUGUGUUGGCACAGGAUGGCCUUCAUACUGAUGAGCUCGUUCGUAAAGUAGAGACCCAACCGGGAAAAGUCAUCCUUUACCUUGACUCAAUUUCUACAGAGGUUGAGUGCAUUUCAUUCCCCAUCUUGCUUGAGUACAAGGUGGCCCAAGUACAAGAUGCAGUCGUGGUUGUCUACGAUUACUACGAGCCCCGACGGAAGACAAUGAGGACUUACAACUCCUGGCUGAGGACUGCGAUGUCCCCCUGUGACUUCUGUGGGGAGGACUGCAGUGAGUGUGGAGAGUCUAACUUUGAGCCCUAUUACACAGCCUCUUCCUCCAGGCGCUGCCAUCGUCACGUCUACCCUCUAGCCCUGGCACUGGUUCUUCUCCUGUCUCUGGCCGUGUAAUGGACACCUGUUGUAUACAUGCAUUUUAAGGACCUUUCAUUUUUGUUAGGAGAACAGAGAGAAUCUAUCGUUUUGAACAGAACUAAAAAUAGCAGUAAAUAGAUAGUGGUUAAGGAUGUUCAUAGUCAUCCAUGAUCAAUGGCUUAUGCCAUACGGAUACAUUACUGCACCAUGUGAGUUUUAGUCACUUUUAAUGCACUGUAAUUAUUUGUAUUAUUCAGUUGUUUCCUUACAUAGA